AUGAGCGCUCUGCACAAGCUUUCCCGUAACAACAGCCACCAGAUGCUUGAAAAGAUCCUCCAGGGAUAUCUCAAAAAGGCCGAGGGAGAGAAGAAGAGCCGAGCUCCGCUGUUAAUUGGAACAUUGGCCUCAAAGGGCCAUAAAAAUGCAGAGUGUAUAGAUUCUCAUGGUAUUUCAAAGGUUUAUGGAGAUUUAACGGCAGAAAAUGGAGAAAGUGGCGAGAUUCCAGGGAAUGGCGGAGAUUUUUCCGGAAAUGCCGCAAAUCCAUCCUCCAUCUCCACCUCAAACGAUGGAAAGGAUGAAGGAGAGAUGAUGGACUCGAAAGGAGCGGUUAAAGGUGUCGAUUUUACAGAAAAAGAGACGACUGUUGAGGGAGGCUCUGUCGCUCCUUUUGCUGCGGGAGGUUUAGAGGGCGAUUUGGGCCAUUAUACAGAUUCUAGCAAGUCUUUAGAUACGAAAGAGCCUGGAAAUGGCGAAAAUGACCCGGUAAAAGGCCCAGAAAGUGCUGUGGAAGCUGCCACACCAGGAGACUCUAGUGCCGAUUCCAGCGCUAAUUUGGCGUCUCUGAGCACCUCAACUGACCAUCACAAUGAUGGUAAAUCUGGUGACUCUCCAAAAAAACCGGAAGAUCCGCAUAAAUCCAAAAAAAAGGUCCAGGACCCACUAAAGCUCCCCUCGGAAUUUAUAGACAAAAGGGACGAAUUCGGAAGGACUGCGCUUCAUUUGGCGUCGUUUGAAGGUCAUUUGGAAAGCGCAAGAGUUCUUAUAAAGUACGGAGCAGAUGUACGGGCGUUGGCGAAAAACGCCAUGACUUGUCUGCACUUUGCAGUUCAAAAGGGACACUUGGAGGUGGCCAAGCUCCUGUGUAAAAAAGGGGCAAAUAUAAGCAGCAGAACUUCGAGUAGCUGCGUUACUCCGUUGCAUUUAGCCAUGGAAAAUGGGCACGUGGAAUGUGCGCUCUUUUUGAUACAACGAGGCGCAACUCAACGGUACAAUAAAAAGGGGAAACUUCCGCUAGAGGUGGCAACAAAGGAAACGGUAGACGCCAUCAAGGAGGCCCUGGGAGAUAAAUUUGAAAAUUUUGAAAAGAACACCGGAAAACGAGUUGAACACAAGGAAACCGUACAGUUUUACAAGAGGAGAAAGAAUGAGUAA